AUGGAUGAUACGGUGAUGAAAACCGUUUGCAAUGUUACAAAAAUUGGUGAGGAACAGUUCACUUUGUUUUUCAGUGAGCGGUUCGUCGAGAGAAGCAAGCCUGUUACACAACCCCUCAAGAAGGAUAAUCUUCCCACUUUCACGUCCAGGAAAAAAAGACCGUUUCAAAAGAAAGGGCGAAAGUGGAAGUUUUGAAGGAGGACUGUGCUUUAUUUUUGCGGCUUUAAAUAGCAUGUCAACUUCGUGAUGGAAACUUGGAAGAUUUCUUCAAGUAUGAGAAUCAACCAUGGCGGCCAUCACUUUCACAGCUUGGCCAGCUGAGAGGAGGACAGAAGGCAGACUUAGUGAGGUGUUUGCCCAGCACAUCAGCACAGAUUGCAACUCAACCAGUCGCUGAUGCAGUUAUUCUUGAUGGAGCAGUUGCUGUGCAGAUGCUACAACCAAGAAUAGCACGCACGUUCGAUGAAUACUUUAGUAUCGUAAUCGCCCCUUACAUCCUCAAACACUUUGAAACAGCGAGAGGGGUUGACCUAGUCUGGCAUGUCUAUCAGGAUGAUUCACUGAAGAGAUCAUUGCCAGAAAAGAGAGGUUCUGGACAACGGUGUAAAGUAUUACCAUCAACAAGAAUUCCUGCUGACUGGAAAGGCUUUCUGCGAGUUGAUGAUAAUAAAGACAAACUUUUCAAACUCAUUGCAAACAAGGUAUGUACUUGGUAUUAUCUACUUCUAUAACAGAAGUGGGUCUUUCUUAACUGACUUCAAACACCUUAUUAUACACGAUUUAAUCACAAAUAUUUGUAUCUAUUUUAUUUGAGGUAGUUACGCUGGUGGUUCCCAAGGGUAAGAGCAUCUUCUCUACCUGUGGUGAGGGUGUCAUAGCGCGUAAUGAAAGAACGGAGAUCAGCUUACUUGCGUCUUGCACAUAUGAAGAGGCAGAUACUCGCCUUAUGGUCCUUGUACUUGAUGCAGCCUCAAGAGGACAUCGACGAAUUAGAAUUAGAAGCAAUAAUAAAGAUGUUGUUGUACUUGUUAUUUCAGUGGCUGGCACUCUUCCAACAGAUGAACUCUGGGUCACCUAUGGACCUGGAAAGAAUGUACAGAAUAUCCUUGCACAUGCCAUAGCAAUGUCCCUUGGUCCUGAUAAAGCCUCAACCCCACCAAUGUUCCAUGCACUAACAGGGUGUGAUACUGUUUCGUUUUUUGGAGGGCGUGGAAAAAAACGGCUUGGGAUGUGUGGAAAGUGUUUCCUCAACUGA